AAGAAAAUAUACGACAGUCGUGUUGAAGUGAUCAUAACAGAAAAAGCUAAAUGAUUAAGACUCUGAUGGUGAAAAAAUAAUAACAAAAGAAAAAGAUAAAGAAGAAACAGUGUUCACGAUUUAUGGAUAAUUUUUCGAAUUAUUUUGCGGGGAUUUUUAUCGAAAAUUAAAAUUGGAUUACGUAAUUAUUACAUUUUAAUCACAGGCUUAGAAAAAGAAUAUAAAUAAAUAGGGAUAAGAAGAUUCGUAUUAAUCUGAAGAUCAUGGCGAACGUUUAUACAAGAAUUGAGGUAGAACGUCACAACAAAAAAGAGGACUUAUGGAUGGUGAUACAUGGUGGAGUUUACGAUCUAACAGAUUUUGUAAAGGAACAUCCUGGUGGAGAGGAAGUAUUGAUAAACUUGGCUGGACAAGAUGGUACCGUAUGCUUCGAUGACAUCGGACAUAGCGGGGAAGCCAUAAUGCUUAAGGAGACUUUCAAAAUAGGCGAGAUAGUGAACAACGAUAAUGCUACGACCACCAUCUCGACCUCCGACCCGAUUCAAGCAAUGACAAAACCAACUAUCGUAGAUGAUGACAAUUGGGAAUAUCAAGAAGUAAAGAAAGAAGAAAAUAACAAGACAAUAUCGAUUGUGAUCGCCGCAGAAGAUAACUCACAUAGGAACACACACGUUCAUAUACGUUUCCGAUGAGUAUACGAUGCACACACGUACAUGCAUGCGAAUAAAUAUACACCUAAAAUGACUAAGCAUUUUUCAAGUACAUUUGUAAUAACGAUAAACAUAAUCGUAUUAAAUAUUGCAUAUACUCGACAACAAUAAUCAUUGACUGUACGCUCCACAUAUUUUGUUCUUAUUUGCAAAUCUCCUUUUUUAUUUUAAUUGAAAAAUAUUAGUUUAAUUAUAAUCUUUAGAUAAUAAUUAGUUUCAUUAAAGUUACAAUCCAAUUGAUAUACAAACGAAAUCCUGAUCGGAAAUGUAUCUUUAGAUACGCAUAUCAUUUAGUAGAUAUAAGAUUAUUUUACAAAAUUCCAAGAAAACAAUAUUUUCACUGAUUCUAAUCGUACCUUAAUCGGAAGUGAUAUUUGAAAGUACUUAGUCAUUCCUAAGAUCAUAGAAAACAAUUUCGAUGGAAAAAAUUUUUUCUCGACAAAAAAUAAAAAAAAAAAAAAAAAAGAAAAAAAAGA